AUGGCAACUCCAUCCUCAUCCUCAAACCGCACCGGCGAAACAAUGCCCAACCACCUCCCCAUAGCAACCCAGGGCGGCGCCAGCGCCAUCCCCACAGCAGCAAACAAUACAGGCGGCGGAAGCGGUUGGGGCGAUUCGGGGUUUAUCAAAGGUGGUGGAGGAGAGCAUCGGAAGGAGUCGGAUGGGAGUUGUGUUUCUGGAGAUCACUCGUUUGCGAAGCAUAAACCGGGGUGUCCGCAGGGGAUUACGGGGAAGAUUACUGACUUUGUUAAUACAGUACAUGGGCAGGGGCGGUAG